UUUUGGAUUUACUGCUAUACCUGCAGCGGCUUUUACCACAUCACUCUUUGCCUGCACCACCCUUCCCAAAACACCCCUGCGCCUUCCUUACUGGCACAAGUUUUGUGCUUUUGGUUUAGAUAUCAUUUGCUAAUGUAGUACUAUUAUAAAGAGAGAGAGAGAGAGAGAGAGGGGUGGCAAUAUGGUAAAUUGAGGGGGAACCGAGAUCCCAUCUACAGAAGAUCUUAAAAUACCGGUAAAUCCGUUAAAAGGGACAGGUAAAUAACAGCGUACCCUUGCUCCUCUUGAUUUCUUGAUUUGAAACAGUCGUGCCCUCUUAAAAUCCAAUAUAGGCCACAACCUAUCACCCCCCACUCCUUCCUUCCUUCCUUCCAAUUCUUUUUGCCAUUUCUUUUAUAACUUUAAGAAAUAAUUAUAUUCUUUCUGCUUUCCUCCUCAUUUCUCCUCCACAAAACCCUGCUUUUUACUCUGCCAAUAGUCAUCUAUUUCUUAUUCUAACGUUAUAAUACUUUAUAAAUCACCUCCCCUUCUUUUCUCUUUUCUGUACCGUCAGCUUCUAUGCUCUUUCUGCCUCGAAACCCAAUGUUUUGUUGAUCCAUUCUCUUUGGUUUCAUAAUUCCAUUGUUUUUAUUUUUCUGGGUUUUUAUUUGUUUCUCAUAAAAAAAUGGCUACAAGCAAUGGUGAGGGAGCUGAAGUUGUUGGAAAAACAGAGAAAUCCGGAACAGAGGAGAAGGCCUUGGGGUCUAUUGGAAAUCUUAGCAACAAAGACAUGUUUCUAAGAGCAGAUAAGAUAGAUUUCAAGAGCUGGGAUUUGCAUCUUGAUAAGCACUUGAGCAGGGCUUGGUCUAGGGACGAAAGAGAUAUUUCAACUAAGACAAAGAAGGAAGAGUGGGAAAUUGAUUUGGCUAAACUUGAUAUAAGACAUGUUAUAGCUCAUGGGACUUAUGGCACCGUUUACCGUGGGGUUUAUGAUAGCCAAGAUGUUGCAGUGAAGGUAUUGGAUUGGGGGGAGGAUGGGAUUGCCACAGCUGCUGAAGCUGCUGCUCUUCGGGCAUCAUUCCGGCAAGAGGUUGCUGUUUGGCAUAAGCUUGACCAUCCAAAUGUUACAAAGUUUAUUGGAGCUUCAAUGGGAACUUCCAACCUUAAGAUCCCCACCAAAGGUGCAACAACUGAGAAUAACAAUUCUCUUCCUUCCAGAGCAUGUUGUGUUGUUGUUGAGUACCUUCCAGGUGGGACGCUAAAGAAUUUUUUGAUCAGAAACAGGAGGAAGAAACUGGCCUUUAAGGUUGUGAUUCAAAUUGCUUUGGACCUCUCUAGAGGUUUGAGCUAUCUACACUCCAAAAAGAUAGUACACCGUGAUGUCAAGACAGAAAAUAUGUUGCUAGAUACUCGUAGAACUUUGAAGAUUGCUGAUUUUGGUGUUGCUCGAGUUGAAGCUCAGAACCCAAGAGACAUGACUGGGGAAACAGGCACUCUUGGUUACAUGGCUCCAGAGGUCCUUGAUGGGAAACCUUACAAUAGGAAAUGCGAUGUCUACAGCCUUGGUAUAUGCUUAUGGGAAAUAUACUGCUGUGACAUGCCUUAUGCUGAUCUUAGUUUCGCUGAAGUUUCAUCAGCAGUGGUACGACAGAAUUUACGACCAGAAAUUCCUAGAUGUUGCCCUAGUUCAUUGGCAAGCAUCAUGCGAAAAUGUUGGGAUGCACACCCUGAAAGACGUCCUGACAUGGAGGAGGUAGUGAGAUUGCUAGAAGCAGUAGAUACAAGCAAAGGAGGUGGCAUGCUACCUGAUGACCAAGCUCCUGGCUGUUUCUGUUUCACUGCUCGUGGCCCAUGAUUUUGCUACCUAAUUAUUUUAUUUUGUGCUACAUAUGUGAAUUGGAGAGAGAAGGUGAAGCAGUUCAUUGUUUGGCUCUAGCUGGUCUUUGAAUAACCAGGUCAUUGAUUUCUACUGCACAUGAACAUAAUCUUAUUGUAGUCCGUGUAGAACCCUUGGGUCAAUUCUUCAAUUCAAUGUGUUGUUCAUUACAUAGUAUGUAAAGGUCAAUAUUUCCAUAUAUAAUUCUUUUAGUGGCAUGAAUGGCUAAAUAAUGGGGCUUCAAUAAAAGUCACAAAGCUGUUGUAAUAGUUA